AUGGGUUAUGCUGAACCUGACACCGGUUUACCCAACCAAGACGUGUCUGAUGAAUUCAGCUCGGGUCCAACUCUCGACGAGGAACGGAUUGAAAAGACUCUAGUCAGGAAGAUUGAUCUACAUAUCCUUCCUUUGGUGGUGUUAUUAUAUCUCUUCAGUUUCUUAGAUCGAGUCAACAUUGGAAAUGCGCGAUUGUAUGGCCUGGAAGAGGACUUGGGACUCGUUGGGAACCAGUACCAAGUCUCCGUCUCUAUCCUAUUCGUGACCUACUGUUUUUUCGAGGUCCCAUCAAAUCUUGUACUCAAGAAACUAAGGCCAUCUCGGUAUAUUGCCACGAUCUCAGUCUUGUGGGGUAUCAUUGCAACCCUCACAGGGAUCACUCAGAAUUAUGCCGGCUUGAUUGCCUGCCGAAUCCUCCUCGGAGUCGUAGAAGCAGGUCUUUUCCCGGGCUUCAUCACCUACCUCACUUUGUUCUAUAGCAAGCGCGAGAUUGCUUUGCGAACAAGCUACCUGUUUAGCAGUGCUGCUAUUGCGGGAGCCUUUGGCGGGUUGCUGGCUUACGGAAUUGGGUUUAUGGACGGCAUCUGUGGCAUGCGAGGCUGGCGCUGGAUCAUGAUCAUCGAGGGAAUUCCGACAGUUCUCCUUGGCGUGAUAACUUGGUUCGGCUUGGCAGAUGACCCGGACACAGCUUACUAUCUCAACAAAGAGGAGCGGGCAAUUGUUGCCCGUCGCCGAGCUCGUUAUAUCGGCCAGACAGAGUCUGCCCAGAAGUUCCACUGGGCGGAUGUGAAGGAGGGUGUCUUAGAUUGGAAGAUCUGGGCGUUCUCCAUUGGCCAGUUUGGUAUCGAUACCAUGCUCUAUGGAUAUAGUACCUUCCUUCCCACUAUCAUCAAAGGCAUGGGCAAGUGGACCACCGCCGAGGUCCAGGCAUUGACUAUCCCUUGCUAUGGACUGGGUGCCAUUGCCUAUCUUGUUGUUGCCUGGUUGAGCGAUCGCACUCAACACCGCGCGUUCUUCAUUUGUCUGUUCUGCGCUAUCUCGGUCGUUGGCUAUGGCAUCUUGAUUUCGGACUCGUCUUCGGGUGUACAUUACUUCGGUGCCUUGAUGGUAGCCUUGGGGCUUUACGUUGCUGUUGGUUUACCUCUCGCCUGGCUACCAACGAACCUACCGCGAUACGCAAAACGCACCUACGCAACCGGCUUGCAGCUUACCUUUGGAAACAUCAGCGGAGUUAUGUCCCCUUUCUUGUAUCCUAACUCCGAAGGCCCGCGCUUUGUCCGUGGUAAUGCUGUCACCCUGGGUAUGGUGGCAUUUGCAGGUCUUGUGUAUGGUGGCAUGUGGCUUUCCUAUCGGUUUAUCAACAAACGCAGAAUCCAGGGCCUGGAGGACGAGAAAAUAUCAUCGCUGUCGGAGCAGGAUAUCCAGGAAAUGGGUGAUCGAAACCCCAGAUUCUUAUACAGCAUUUAA